AAAAUUUACUGUGAUAAUAAAUAGUUAAAAAUGUGUCAGGAUGGAUCUUGUAGUCUGCGUUGCAAAGUUUAUUUUUUGGCGAUUUGGUCUAUUGCACAUGGAAUAUUUUAUUUUUUAGGAUCAGUAGUAAAAUACUGCUCGUCAGAUCCAAAUCUCUGGUUUAUAGGACCUACUCUUUUCUUAGUCCUCAUAAUUUGUAAUUUGGUAGGUAUGAUUGGUGGUGUGCUAAUGAUACUUGGUGUAAAAAAGAAUAAGAAAACAGUACUAAUAAUAGGGUUAGUCUUAGUCUGGGUUCCUACUAUAUUUAUUAUAUUUUUGAUCUAUCCAUUAGUACUUUAUAUCGUGUUUACCAUUUAUACUGCCCAGUAUAUACGCCAGAUGUGAUAUGAAUGAACGUCAAAAUUACUGUGAUAAGUUAUUUAUAAACAAAUUGAACGAAAGAAAUGUAAUUCUUUA